CACACUUCACACUCACAGACAAAAGGUCAAAAAUGGAAUUUCGUCCCUCUUCAUGGCGAUCUCGUAAACCACCACCACCAGCAAAACAACAACAACAAUCCGACAACAUAUACUCCACUAUGGUCGUCAACGAUGACGUCAUCGUAGAUGAUGAUGACGACGACUUAAACGACGACGAAUCGUUACCUCCUUUACUUAAACGCUUACCUAAAGACUUUGGUGGUGGUGGUGCUAUAGAUUCAGUUUCUGAUGAUGACGUGGCAUCCAUUUCUGGUACUAUGAUUGUGAAAACUGAUCGCAGUUCUAAAUUCAACACACCUAAAUUACAACCUCAACAACAACAACAACAACAAACUGCUCGUUAUAUGUCGUAUUGGGAUCGAGAUGACAAAACCCCUAGCACAAGAAGAAGAUAUCAGGAAAAUGAGGACGAUGAAGAUGAAGAUGAAGAUGAGGAUGAAGAUGAGGAAGGUAGAUUCUCAACGUUUGUGGUGAAGAAGGAUAAUGAGUUUGAUUCGGGGACAAUGGUGAGAAGAACUGUUAGAGGUGGAAGUAAUGAAGGUGUUGGAUCAACUAUGAAUAGAGCAGUGGCUAGUAUGCAAGCGGUAGGGGAGAUUGGAAUUGGGAGGCAGAGAAAUCGUGGCAGUGGGGAGGAGGAAGGAGGUGGUGGUACAUUGAGGCCGCAGGGGAGUAAGAUGUCGUCGAGUUCAAUACCGGAUAGUGUGACUAGGGAAGAUCCUUGUACUAAGUAUGAAUUGCUCCACGAGCUAGGGAAGGGCUCAUAUGGGGCUGUUUAUAAAGCUCGAGACUUGAGGACUUCAGAAAUGGUUGCCAUCAAAGUCAUAUCAUUAUCUGAAGGGGAGGAAGGCUAUGAAGAAAUUCGAGGUGAAAUUGAGAUGUUGCAGCAGUGCAGUCAUCCAAAUGUUGUUCGCUAUCUUGGUAGCUACCAAGGAGAAGAGUACCUUUGGAUAGUAAUGGAGUAUUGUGGAGGCGGAAGUGUUGCUGACUUAAUGAAUGUGACAGAUGAGCCUUUAGAGGAGUAUCAAAUAGCAUUUAUUUGUCGAGAGGCAUUGAAGGGCCUCUCCUAUCUGCACUCUAUUUUUAAAGUACACAGAGAUAUUAAAGGUGGCAAUAUCUUGCUGACUGAUCAAGGGGAGGUUAAAUUAGGUGAUUUUGGUGUUGCUGCGCAGCUGACUAGAACCAUGUCCAAACGUAACACGUUUAUUGGCACUCCCCAUUGGAUGGCACCAGAAGUUAUUCAAGAAAGUCGUUAUGAUGGAAAGGUGGAUGUAUGGGCUCUCGGAGUGUCUGCUAUUGAAAUGGCGGAGGGUCUUCCACCUAGGGCAACAGUGCAUCCAAUGAGGGUGCUAUUUAUGAUAUCCAUUGAACCAGCUCCAAUGCUUGAGGAUAAAGAGAAAUGGUCUCUUGUAUUCCAUGAUUUUAUUGCCAAGUGCCUUACAAAAGACCCCCGACUUCGUCCAACUGCCUCAGAGAUGCUAAAGCACAAAUUCAUUGAAAAAUUCAAAGCUGGAGCUUCUGUAAUGAUGCCGAAGAUUGAGAAGGCCAAGCAAAUUAGGGCAUCAAUAGCCUUGGAAGCGCAAAGUGUUGCUGCAGAGACUCCCGAUGUAAUGGGAGGUCCAAAAGUGAACGAUGAGUUUGGCGAUACUGUUCCCUCUAAGCCUAAAAAUGAUGAAGCACCUUCUACAAGCUUGGAGCCUGUGGGAGAAGGUGAUUUUGGGACUAUGAUAGUCCGAGAUGGAACUGAUAUGGAUAAAACAGCUAGUCAAAUCAGAAAUGCAGAAGCAUCAUCUACUUUCCGGCGUGCUGGAAGUCCUUCCAACCCCACUGUUGCUGGCAAAUCAAAUGUUCCCUGGCUGCUUAAUGAUGUUGAUGUCAGUUCACCCGUUGGAAUGUCCCAGAGACAGAGCAUGCAAGUUCCUUCCCCUGGAACCUUACCUUCUCCUGAUCCGGGCCUUAAGGGAAGUACUACAUCUCAAUCAACUGUUAGUAGUGGUGGCGGCGGCUAUAAUACUGGAACCUUGGCAAGUGAAAGUGUCAGUCGGAGAGCAUUGGACAAGCUUUGGUCCAUAUACUCGGCUGGUAACACGGUGCCAAUACCAUUUCUAAGAGCAACUGAUAUAUCACCAAUUGCACUCUUGUCUGAUGAUGUGCUUGGGGACUGGCAAAGGGAUGAUAGUGGGCAGAUUGCUGUAGAAGCAAUGCAGGAACUCUUCUCCGGUGAUCCUCAAUCCAAGAAAGGCCGAAGCAGACAGAACGAGGUUCCUCUUCCUCCAAGUGUAUACCAGAGACUAACCUCGAGUCCUACACUGAUGAAUCUUGCUCAAGCCUUAGCGUAUCAUAAGAUGUACGAUGAUCACAUAAUAAUUGGAGAGCAAUUUAUUCAAAUAUUUUCCUUCCAUUCGACUCACUACUAUGUCCGGGACCUUAGGUGCUAUGAAGAGAUGCCCCUUCAGGAAAUGCAAGCAUCUCAGGAACAACAAACCAUUCAAAACCUCACCGAUACACUCAGAACUAUUUUACGACUGUAAAUAAUUCUUAGUUGAAACAGUUUUCUUCGCUGUGUAAAUCUAGUUAUGUUUAUUUCUGUUUUUUUCAAUCUAGUUGUAUGUUCAUUUCUUAUCCGGUUCUUAUGGGAUAGUGUUCUGUCUUCAGCUCCAGACCAAGCAUGCACAAAUGCUGCUUCACUUACCUGAAUAUGGUGGAUAUUUAAGCGACUUUUUAUUACAUUUCAUACCACCAUUUUUGGAUCCAAA